AUGUCAUCAGACUACACUUACGAUGAGCAGGGCCAAUUCUUCCCCUUCUUCAUCUUGACCUUGAGCGGCCUGGUCACGCUCCCUCUUACCUACAACCUUCUUCGACCAAGCAAAGAUCUUGAAAACACCGCACCCCGCAUCAAAUCCGAUUUCAAGCCCGAACAUGCGGACCUCGUCGAGGCGCAGAAGCGCAAGCGUCUGCGCAAAGAGCGCCGUAUCAAGCGCAUUAUCACAGUUAUCCUAGGAUAUAUCGUUAUGGCGUGGAUGGUUUACCUUAUUCUCGUCACGGCCCGCACAACCACAAAGUCAUACGACCCAUAUGAUAUUUUGGGCGUCUCAAGGAGUGCCGACGAAAAAGCCAUCUCCCGCCACUACAAGCGUCUCUCCCUCGUCUACCACCCAGACAAAAUCCGCCCCGACCCCGCCAAGAAUGAAACUGUUGAGAUGCUGAACGACCGCUUCGUCGAACUGACCAAGGCUUACAAGGCGCUCACCGAUGAAGAGAUCCGGAACAACUACCUCCAGUAUGGCCACCCCGACGGCAAGCAAAGCUUCAGCAUUGGUAUUGCGCUUCCUAAGCUUAUUGUUAUGGACGGCAAUGGAAAAUACGUAUUGCUAGUAUAUGGUGCCCUUUUGGGUGUUCUCUUGCCGUACAUCGUUGGCAAAUGGUGGUAUGGUUCUCAACGCUACACCAAGGAGCGUGUUCUUGUGGCUAGUGCUGGAAACAUCUUCCGCGAGUACAAGGACGACAUCACUGAUAACGGCAUCAUUGGUGCCUUGGCUUCGGGCGAAGAGUUCAAAGACAUGCUCAAAGGCGACAAGGCCGAGUCAGGGCUUGCUAAGCUGGAGAACAAGGUUUUAGCUGGGGAAUCCUCCUUCUUGUCUGCAAAGGAUCGCGAAUCUCUGAAGACACUGGAUAGCGUUACCCGUCGGAAGGCUCUGGCUUUGCUUUGGGCUUACAUUGGCCGGGUUGAUCUGGGCGAUGCGGCUUUGAAUGCGGAAAAAUACGAGGCUGCACCCGUUGCGCUAGCUCUCACGGAGGCAUUCACGGCCAUUGCUCUUGCGUUUGGUAACCUCCGACCGAUUAUUGGUGCUUUCAAGGCUUCUCAGAGCUUGAUCCAGGCUGUGCCUGCGACCUCCUCUCCUCUCCUGCAAUUGCCAAACUUUACCGAUGAAGUUGUCAAGGCCGUUGAGGGAGCAGACUCCAAGACCCACCUCACAGUUCAAAAGUUCAUGCACCUCUCAGACAGCGAGCGACGCAGCCGUGCUGUAGGAGCUGGCCUUCUCACUGAGAAGCAGUACACUGAAGCUAUCUCCGUUGCAGAGCAAUUACCUGCCCUGGAAGUCUCCAAGGCAUUUUUCAAGGUCAUGGGAGAGAAGUCCGUUACGCCUAGCAGUCUGGUACAGCUGGUUGUGAAGGCUCGAUUCAUUCCCCCGGGCUGCAAGGAUAUUCCCGCCGUCAACCAGUUAGAUCUCGAGGACAUUGACCCCGAUGAGGAUGAUCUGGAUGCUCUGAUGGGCCGCAAGCCGGCUAAGAACCGCGCUACCAAGAUGGUUGAUGGCAAGAAGGUUGAGGUCAAAGUUGAAAAGGUCCAACCGCCACUCGCCCACGCACCCUUCCUCGCCCGCGACCACUCCCCUCGCUGGAACAUUUUCCUCGCCGAUGCUAAGCAGGGCAAGAUGGCCGUUCCACCAUUCACAUUCACAACAUUCGACAAGCCGAUCCUCAACGAGGCCGGCCAGCCCACCUUCAACGUUCAGACCCUCAAGAUGCAGUUCCAAGCUCCUCCGCAAGUUGGCGCCUUCACAUUCAUUCUGAACAUGAUUUGCGACAGUUAUCUGGGUCUAGACACCCAGCUGCCAAUUACCCUACACGUCGAAGAUCCCGCCAAGGCAGCAGCCUUGGAAGAAGAGGACGACAUUAGUGAACCGGACGAGGACUCUAUCGCGGGCCAGAUGCAGGCGCUCAAGACCGGCCAAGCCCCGAAAAAGAAGACACGGAAGCCUUCCGAUUCCUCCAGCGAGGAGGAGAGUGACACCGACGGCGACGCAGGCGAUACCAGCGACACCAACACAGAAACGGAAGAUGAGGACUGA